GGAAGCGUGCUGAGCUCUUAUCUGAGUUCUCUAUUUGGGAGUUGAGGAAUGGUGGCCUAAUGCCCUCUCCUCGCCUCUUAAGAGCAGUAGCUGCUGCCCUCUCAAGUUUCUGGAAGCAGCAGCCCAUCACCGCAGCUCAAGUUUGUUACCUUUUCAUCCAAGCUCCAAACCCCGGGCUGAUCACAUCUCUGCUGCGGGCUUAUUUAGAAUUCAGCUAUUUCGGUGCCCCACAGGGUAGUACACAUCGGCGCCCUGGAUCGCACGCUUCCCAGAAGCGUCGCUGAACCUGGCGACUGGACUUUGGCCGAGCAUCCUGCGGGACCGUCAGGGCAGGGUCACCCCUGGGCCGGUGGGUGGUAGCGGCCACGCGGCUGCGCAGCGGGUCUCGCGGGCUGCCGCCGCGCAUGCUCCGCUAAGAACCCGUGGGGGCGGGGCCGCGUCGGGGGCAGGAGCUCGGCGCCGCGCCACGUCGGGGGCGGGCCCGGCGCGCGCGGGAAGUCUCUGCGGGGCUGCCAGCCGUCCUCAGUCGCCGCUCGUCAUGGCCCUUUCCGUGCCCGGCUACUCACCGGGCUUCCAAAAGCCGCCCGAGGUAGUGCGGCUCCGACGGAAAAGGGCCCGGAGCCGUGGGACUGCUGCCUCCCCGCCGGGUGAGCUGCCGGAGCCGGCAGCCCGUCGAGCCGCCCUGGCAGCCGGGCUGCUCCUUCGCCCUUUCCCUGCCGCGGGGGGCAGAGGCGGCGGCGGCCGGGCAGUGGCCCGGAGGAACCCCUUCGCCCGCCUGGACAACCGACCGCAGGUCGCCGCGGAGCCUCCCGACGGCCCUGCCCGCGACCAGCCGGAGGCACCGGGCCGGCCUUUAGAGUCUAAUCAAGAAAAUGAUGUGCUACGGGAAGAGAAGGUUCCUGAAAGAACAGCUGUUACUGAAUUACCCGAGACUCCACAAGUAUCAUUCUCCGAGUCUGAUAUUUCAUCCUCAAAAAGUACUGAGUUACCUGUGGACUGGAGUAUUAAAACCCGACUCCUUUUCACCUCUUCUGAACCCUUUACCUGGGCAGAUCAUUUGAAAGCACAGGAAGAGGCUCAAGGUCUUGUCCAGCAUUGUAGGGCAAUAGAAGUUACAUUGCCUAAAAGUAUACAGGAUCCCAAACUCUCCACUGAGCUCCGUUGUACCUUCCAGCAGAGCCUUGUCUAUUGGCUCCACCCUGCUUUGUCUUGGCUACCACUGUUCCCUCGUAUUGGAGCUGAUAGAAAAAUGACUGGAAAGACAAGUCCUUGGUCAAAUGAUGCAACCCUGCAGCAUGUUUUGAUGAGUGACUGGUCUGUGAGCUUUACUUCUCUAUAUAAUCUUCUGAAGACAAAACUUUGCCCCUAUUUCUACGUUUGUACCUAUCAGUUUACUGUCCUGUUCCGAGCAGCAGGAUUAGCUGGAAAUGACUUAAUCACAGCUCUUGUAUCUCCUACAACUCGAGGUUUAAGAGAAGCUAUGAGAAAUGAAGGUAUUGAAUUUUCUCUGCCUUUAAUAAAAGAAAGUGGCCAUAAAAAGGAGACAGCAUCUGGAACAAGCCUGGGAUAUGGGGAGGAGCAAACCAUCAGUGAUGAGGACGAAGAGGAAAGUUUUUCCUGGCUGGAAGAGAUGGGAGUGCAAGAUGAAAUUAAAAAGCCAGACAUACUUUCUAUCAAGCUUCGUAAAGAGAAACAUGAAGUACAAAUGGAUCACAGACCUGAGUCUGUUGUGUUCAUGAAAGGAAUCAACACCUUUACAUUGCUCAAUUUUUUGAUCAACUCUAAGAGUUUAGUUGCUACCUCAGGUCCACAGGCAGGCCUUCCUCCAACCCUCUUAUCCCCUGUUGCUUUCCGAGGUGCCACAAUGCAAAUGCUUAAGGCACGAAGUGUAAAUGUGAAGACACAAGCUCUUUCUGGAUACAGAGACCAAUUUAGUUUGGAGAUUACAGGUCCUAUCAUGCCUCAUUGCCUGCACUCACUGACCAUGCUGCUCAAAUCUUCACAGAGCGGGUCUUUCUCUGCACUACUAUAUCCACAUGAACCAACUGCUGUAUUUAACAUCUGCCUGCCAGUGGACAAAGUACUUAAUACGGAGGUUGUUCAUAAGGAGCUUACUAACUGUGGUUUGCACCCUAAGACUCUGGAGCAACUUAGUGAAAUACCGUUACUUGGGAAAUCGUCUUUACGGAAUGUGGUGAUGAGAGACUACAUUUAUAACUGGAGAUCCUGAACACCAAAACAGAGUUUCACUCUUACUGCCCAAGCUGGAGUGCAAUGGCACGAUCUCAGCUCACUGCAACCUCCGCCUCCCACGUUCAAGCGAUUCUCCUGCCUCAGCCUCCUGAGUAGCUGGGAUUACAGGCACGCACCACCACGCCCAGCUAAUUUUGUACUUUCCGUAGAGACAGAAUUUCUCCAUGUUGGUCAGGCUGUUCUCGAACUCCCACCUCAGAUGAUCCACCCGCCUCGGCUUCCCAAAGUUCUGGGAUUAUAGGCAUGAGCCACCACACCCAGCCAUAUUUUUAUUUUUACAUGUGAAAACAUAUAUUCAAAGUAGAAUGUAUCAAGAUUAUCUUAACCUCUUAAGGAUCCUCAAAAGUUUACAUCAAAAAGCCUGUUUUCAGCCUUUCAAGGUAACUCAAGUUAUACAAAAAGUCAUGAAGAGCCAACUACAAUCCCCAAAGCAGCAAGUUAUACGGGUCAGACCCAAUGUUACUUAUCAGUAUUGAAACACUCAUAAUACCACAGCUACCCUUUAGAGCAGCACUGUCCAGUAAAACUUCCUGCAGUGAUCACUACUGAACACUUGAAAUGUAACCAGUGUUAUUAAAAACCUGAUUUUUCAGUGGCUGGUAACUGCUGGACAACAGAGCUUUAGAAGAAUCUUAACUAUGCUUUAAUAUUCAGAAACUGGAAAUGUAAGAAAGGCACCAAAAAUUAUGGGAAAAGGCUCUUCCAAAAACUGGGAAAAAGAGCUUAAAUCUGUAGAAUAUUAUUACCAAGUUGUCAUCGACAAGCCUUAGUUUCUACCAAUACACUAUAGAUUAGCAUGUUACCUAAUGUAUAAAAAUGAUUCUGUAGUAAUAUUCUAGGUAGGAUAAUGGGGGAACUAUUUACUGACUUUUCACCUUUGCUCUAAGGUGAAAUUUACAUAAAAAGUGUCCUGAAAUAUAGUUCUCAGGUUAAUAAAAACUGCCCAAAUUCUUUACUCUCUCCCCCUCGGCAACAAAGCAGACAACUACUAACUAUAAAACCUACAAGGGUGUCUGAGGCAUAAUGUAAUUACAUAAUGCAAUGGCACCAUGUAACAUGCAUUUCAUGACCUAUAUUAUACAUAUAAGUGGGCCUUUUACAUUUUUACUUCUCAUUUAGAAAAUUCUUCUAAAUCAACUUACUCCUUUUGUUAACGUAACUGUCGACAUAAAAAGAACAAGUAUCUUAAGAGACUUCUUAGAACUAAAGUAAAAGGAUAUAAAAGAGCUAAAGAUAAUUGUUAGGAUGGGGUGAGUCAGCUAAGGAAAUACCCUAUAACCAGAAAAUUAUUUUCUAUAUUGGUAAUUAUAGAUAUCUCAAAAAAAGACAUAAAAGGAAAACUUUAAGAAAAUAGACCUAAAGUAAAAACAUUUGGUCUGUAUAUAAAACAUGAUUUUAGACUAUUUAGCAAAUAUUAAAAUAUAAAGAGGCUAAUACAUAAAACAGCAAAAUGACAACUACAAAAAUAAAAGCCACAGAACAUCCCAGUUAUUAUGCGUUUGGUUGGUUUUAAAAAGUGAAUUACGAAUCGUUUUAUUGUAUCAUACAAAAUUCUCUAGUGUAUAACAGAGUAAAGGAAUUACAACGGGAAAACAAAUAGAUAACCUACUAAAUGGUUCAGAGAAAUUCAGCGUUAACCACACAGGAGAAUCUAGAAGAAUUAAUAACAAGGCUGUGUAUUACACAUUCUAGCAGUGCCAGGACCUAUAUGUGUUUAACUUCCAAAUAAAAUUUUCAUUUUACUCCAAGAAGUUUUCCAAUACAUUUAGAGCUUAUAAAUUAAAGAAUGUUUAAUUCCAUUGGGAUGUGGAAAUAUGAUUUGGUAAUAAAAACCAGCAAACUGCUUGAGAUAAAGAUGAUCUUAACAUCUAAGCAUUCGCUAGACCUUAAUAAUACUACCUCUGGACCCCUAAAACAUUUGAUUGAUACUACACCCAUGAAAACUCUACACUAAUGAGUGAGUUAUUACUCCACUUAUGUCAAAGAUUACAUUCUAAUCUUCUACCAAAUAAACCUUUGCUAACUUUAUUACCAAGAAUUAAUGCCCCUGAGGACUAUUUUUUAAAUAUUAGUUAUCCAACAUUUUUAUUUCACUGUUUAUAAAUCAAAUUCACACAAAUACGGUGAAAGUUCUGGAGUCACUCCUUACUGAGGAUGAUGCUGGCUGGUGUCUGAGUGUGAAGACGAUGCUAUGGCAGUACCGCACACAGUCUGAUGAGUUGUUUUUCCAUAAGAAAUGAAUUUAUGCUGCUCCAUCCACAAUGUCUAUCCAUUCAUACUCAUGUCAAAGAGCAUUCAUAUGCAAGACAAUUGGUGGGAUUAGGGAUUACAGCAAAGCUAAUUAUUCAGCCCUCUUAGGGAGAUAAAAUCUGUGAUCUUUGCCUAAAUGUUUUAUGCUCAAGAACAAAGAACCACAAACUCCAUUUAUAUUUAUUAAAAUGAAAAAGACUGGUAGAUAAAAAUAAAAGAUACUAUUCAGUUGAAAGGGUGACCAUUUAAAAGAGCUAUCUCCUUUUACUCUAGAAGCCUUCAUUUCAAACUCUAACAAGGAAUCAAAAGGGUCAAUGCUCCCAUAAAAUGUUACCAAAAGUAUUUCACAUUUUGUAUGUAUCUAAAUAAUAAACAUUGUAAUUGUAUAAAUAAUAAAUUCAUGACUUUUA